AUGCUUCCAGACGAAGGAAAACCAGUCUUAAAGAAACAAAGAAUCGACACCGAAUUGAACGUUACCUUGACAGAUGAAGGGAACAUUGAUUCUGCAUUAUUGAAUGAAGAUACAGUUUCCGGCAUAGGCGGCCUGUCAUCAUCUUCAAGAACUGAAACUGCUCAUCAUCAUUAUGAGCAGCAAUCUGAUGAAAGCGCUGGUGCGAACAAUGAUAAUGAUGGUAAUUCAGAGGAAGUAACCGCUGCAGAAGCAGAGGCUGCUGCCGCAGCUGUUGCUAAUGCUACUUAUAGUGAGUUGAUUCAUCAUCAAGAUAAUGAUGAACUGGAAGGGACCGCUGAUGGUACCAAUGAUGACAAUAAUGCUAGUAAUGAUGAAAAUACUGUAAUGGAUCAUGCGGAUAAAGAUAAUGAAGUUCAGGCCAAUGAUCUUGAUUUGGAACCUGACUUAAUUGCACGCCGUCAUUCAGAAGAAAUUAGGAAUAUUCAAGAAGACAUUGAGAAACAUCAAAACGAAACUAAUGCAGCCUUGCGUCAAUUAACUGGAACAGAUAAUAAUAAUAAGAUACCGGGCCUUAAUGACGACCAUACAGAUGAAGGUGAUGAUCGUGAAGAAGGGAAUAAUAAUCGUAGUUCUGCAGAUGAUAGACCUAAUUCUGAACAAACAAGAAUAUUGGGACGUAGAGGGCGCAAACCUUUAGGAACUUCAGCAGAAGAACGAAGAGAAUCACACAAGGAAGUUGAAAAACGUCGUCGAAAGAAUAUCAAUGAUGCUAUCAAUGUUCUAAGCGAAUUAUUACCUGUCACAGAAUCCAAUAAGGCAGCUAUUUUAACAAGAGCAGCUGAAUAUAUCGGUAAAUUAAAGGAAACUGAAAAGGCUAAUAUUGAAAAAUGGACGUUACAAAAGCUAUUAGCUGAACAACAAGCUUCACAAUUAGCAACUGCCAAUGAGAAACUUCAAGCAGAAUUAAAAAAGGCUUAUAAGCAAAUUGAAUCACUUGAAAGAAAAUUAAGACACUUGAAUGAGAAAACUGAAGUAGGAAUAGAGCUGUCUGACAAUAUGGAAGUUUAA